GAUAGUUUGAUUGUUAAAAUUUAAUCCCUAGAGAAUAAAUAAUAGACAUUUACACUUGAGUUCAAAUGUUGCAAUUCAUUUUCUGAGUUUGCAAGUUAAGAUUCGUGCAGGAUUUUUCGAUUUAACUUGUUAGACACAGAGAUUAGUUGUUUAGCGAUGCUCACUACAGAAUUCAUUGUUUCAGUUUAACGUCAAUUCGAAAUAUUCGUUAUGCUACCCGAUUAAAAACAAUAAUUGACAGCAGUUGCAGUUAUAAUUAUUUUAUAUAAAAUUUAAUAUCGUGAAAAAUUACAACAUGAAGCGCCCUAGAAGACCUGCUAAGAAACAAACAACAUUACUAAAGGAUAAGACUUAUUUAGCUUUCGGUGCUAUUGUGGUGGAAGCUUCAAAGUCAAAUACAACACAUCAUAAAUAUCUUGCAGAAGCCCAAAAAAUUGCAAGCAAAACAGCUGAAGACCGUCUAUUCGACAUAUUAGUUAUUUUAUCUAAAAAGCACAUUGCUCUCGGAGAUGACAUGCCACAGGUGAUUUGUUUUAUGGAGUUUAUAGCAUUAUUUUUGAAUAAUAUAGAGAAAGAACAUCAAACAAUGUUUCAUACUACCUUUGGAAAAGAAGCUGAAAUGCAUGGGUUAAUGAAAAACAUGCUACGAUUUCUUAUGGAAAUAUCAUGUGCCGAAUGUAGUGAUACAAGAAAACUAUCGUUACAAUUUAUUAAUAUAAUAUUGAAUAAUAUGGGUGAUAGAUCUAUAGAUGACGAUAUGUUUGAUGACUUAACUAAAUGUGUUUUAGAACGCGCUCAGGAUGUUAAGAACAAAAUACGGGCAGAAGCAAUUCACACUGGCAAAAGAUUACAAAAUCCACACAAUCAAGAUGAUUUAAUAUGCAAAACAUACAAAUAUCAUUUAAAAAGUGAUCCUUCGGUUGUUGUUAGGAAAGCUGUCUUAGAAAAUAUUGGUUAUUCUCAAUUCACCAGAGAAGCAAUAAUUUCACGAAUAAUGGAUGUUGACGAAGGGGUUCGUUUGCUUGCGUUUGAAAGGAUCCUUCAAAUGCCUUUAAGAUCUAUUAAAUUGGCCCAAAGGCACAAGCUACUUUUCAUAGGUUUUCAAGAUGGUUCUGAUAAAAUAAAAAACUUUAUUGAAAAAACACUAUUACCAUCUUGGCUCAAUCAGUCUGAUAAAUCUGUUGUAUAUCUUAUCGAUACUAUUAGACAUGAUACAACAGAUAAGAAAAAAGAAGAGAAUGAUACUGUGAUAGAAAACGUUCUAAAUGUUUUAUUUAAACUUUUACCAUUGCAAGAAUUAUAUAAUGAUUUAAACUUGGAUGAUGAGAAGAGAAUUUCACCACUUGAGAAGCUGUCACCUCAAAGAUUGAUAUAUUGGCGCAGUUUUGUUCAAUAUCUUAUAUCAAAUGGUUCUGAAAUUGGCGCAGACGUGGAUCUAAUUUUACCAACCUUAACAGAUCUUGUUGAUCUUAUUUGUAGUUACGAUGAGUAUUGGGAACCUACUAUGGCUGCACAAAAUCCUACGAAUGAGCAGAAACUUGAUCAGCUAGACUAUAAUGUUGGUAAAUUGGAAUUUCUAAGAAUGAUUGAAUUACAUGAUUGCUUGGGAGAUGAAGUCGGAAGACACAAAUUAAAUAAUUAUUUACUGCACAAUGCUCUUCAUGCCAAAAACAUGAUUGAAGCUCAUUAUAAUAUAAUUAUCAAAAUUUUACAUAAAACUUGUUUGAGUUUUAUGGGAUGGCAUACUGAAUUGUUAAAUGUGAUUAACGACAUUUAUGAAGUACCUGUUACCUCUGAAGUUCCAGCCAAGCAGCAAGCACCAUCAGUGGAAAAAUCUCAUGAAAUUGAUGUGAAGAAAGCUAAUUUAAAAAUUGAGAUAAUUGAAUUGGAAACAUGUAGAGAAGAAGCCUUAAAUGAGAAAAAUUACACAAAAGCUAAAGAAUGUGAUGAUAAAUUGGCAGUAGUAAGGAAGCAGUUGGAUGAGUUGCAUGCAGGUACGAUAAUAAUGGCUCCAUUAGAAGAUUGUCAUGUUGAUGAACCAGAAAGAAUUACAACUGAUAAUCCGGAAGAUUUAACAAAAAUAUUAAUGAUAUUGUAUAGUAUGUUGAGUUUAGGUGAUUAUAAACCUACACCAGAAAUGAACAUUCUGUUCCAAGACGUUGUUCAACCGAAUUUGUCAUCUAAUGAUUCAGAGGUUGAGUAUUGGGCAAUGUGUUGUGCAGGAGCUUAUUGUAUUCACGAUUUGAACUUAGCUAGGACCUGUUUCCCAAUAUUCUUCACAAAAAUGUUUGCGGAUGCGCCAAUGAUACCCACACAUCAAAUGUCAAGCUAUACUGAUGCUAUUAGUGCGGCUACAGCAGUGACUGUUAAUGAACCCCAUUCUAUACCAGAUGUGGCGCUAAAAAUCGUCUUUGAUAUGAUUCUUGCACAUUCUGUCGAAAGUUUUGAAGUCCAAGACAAUAAUGAAGAUAGCAGUCAAGGGACCAAUCUAAGUUCACGUCGGGGGCGCAGAUUAUUUCUAAUGGACCUGGAAGAACAAGAAGGAGAAGCAGAAGGAAGUAUUGUGGAUAAGACAUGCUCUCAACCUGGAGCUAAUCUAAAUGCUACACCAGGCAUAUCCGUUUCUGCAGCGUUUAUAGAUAUUAUUAUGAAAUUAUUACAAGAAUGUGAAGUGCAUUCUACCCGUCUUAUAGUGGUUCAAGGCUUGAUUAAAUUGUUCUUGAACAAUAAAAUAACAUCUGAUAAAAUAGUUGCUCAUCUUCUGUUGAUGUAUCACCAUCCAGAAAUGGACUUGUAUGAAAAUAAUGAUAUUAGACAACAUAUUGUUUUGUUAUUUUCUGCUAUGGGUUAUGGUGAUGCUGGUGGCCCUGAUGCUUUAAUUAAUGCACUCAUGCCCGCUGUAAUGAUUUGGUAUGAAGCACCUUCUUCAAGUCCUCUGAAACAUAUUGAGUGUUUUAAUAUGUUAAAGCUUGUAAUAGCUCUAACACAUUCGAAUAGAGACGAUAAUGAAUGUAUACAUAACCAACUUGCUCUAAUACUUUGUGAUGGUUUAAAGCGUAUUCGCAAAAAUGAAGAACUGGAAUUGGAUUUAUCAAAAGCUUUAUCUCUAUGCGAUAUUAACGCAGAAGGGCAGUUGAAAUUGGAUCUGACACCAUGCAUAUCAGAAUUAUUGGCAACAAUAAGUAAUAAAGUAGCAUCUAAAUAUCUGAGACAAGCAUUAGCAAAUAUUGAAAUGGGCAUGGUUCAAGUUGACCAAACCCAAGAAAGUCGGAAAUCUGCCUGUGCUAGUCCUUUAAGUAAUGAUAAAGAAAAUAUAAGUAAUGAUAAUGAAUCACAGGAAUGAUUUAUGAGAAGAAUUUAUGCCUCAUUCUUAUGAUUUUGAUUUGAUUUAAAAUUAAAUGAAAUU